UCAAGCGGAUCUCCAAAACCAGCCACAUUUCCUGCCUCUUUCCCACGAGGCUGGCCAGAAGGAAAAGGGAUAUUCUCUGGCUGUGGAUGAUGGCACGCCGAUGAAGUGGAGAGGAGCUCAACCUCCCGCUGUGUGCAGGUAGAAGAGCAUCAUGCUGUAGACAUCGAUGUCUACCACUGUCCCAACUGUGAUGUGGAACACGGACCCUCCCUGAUGAAAAAGCGCAACAACUGCCACAGGCACGACUACACGGAGCCGAACGAUGGGCUGAAGCCGGUGCAGGCUGGUACUCCAGUGUUCGUCAAGGAGCUGCAGAACAGGACAUUUGCCAGUGGUGACGAGAUCAUGAUGCAGAUGAAGGGUGAGCACGUGACCACUCGCUACCUGGAGAGACACGGCUUCAGCUACCCCAUCAAAGUCACAGAGAUGGAGGGCCUGGGACUCAAACUACCACCCCCUACUUUCUCUGUCAGAGAUGUGGAGCAGUAUGUGGGUAGCAACAAAUCCAUCGACGUGAUAGAUGUGGCACGGCAGGCGGACAGCAAGAUGAAGCUCAGCGAGUUUAUCAAGUACUACACCAACCCAUGUCGACCCAAAGUCCUCAACCUCAUCAGCCUGGAGUUCUCUGACACGAAGAUGUCGGAGUUGGUGGAGGUUCCCGACGUGGCUCAGAAGAUGUCCUGGGUUGAGAACUACUGGCCCGACGACUCCUUCUUCCCCAAGCCCUUUGUCCAGAAGUACUGCCUCAUGGGAGUCAAAGACAGCUACACGGAUUUCCACAUAGACUUCGGAGGCACCUCUGUCUGGUAUCAUGUUCUCUGGGGUGAGAAGAUCUUCUACUUGAUCAAGCCUACCCCCGCCAACCUUGCACUAUAUGAGGCAUGGAGCUCCUCGCCCAAUCAGAGCGAAGUGUUCUUUGGGGACAGAGUGGACAAGUGUUACAAGUGUGUCGUGUCCCAAGGAACCACCCUGCUCAUCCCUACAGGCUGGAUCCAUGCUGUGCUCACCUCUCAGGAUUGCAUGGCGUUUGGAGGGAACUUCCUUCACAACCUCAAUAUUGGCAUGCAGCUCAGGUGUUAUGAAAUGGAGCGUCGCCUGAAAACCCCAGACCUCUUUAAGUUCCCCUACUUCGAGGCCAUCUGUUGGUAUGUGGCGAAGAACCUCUUGGAAAUGCUGAAAGAGCUACGAGAAGACAACUGUCCGCCUCCAACCUACCUGGUGGAGGGAGUGAAGGCUUUAAUCGUAGCACUGAGGACGUGGUUAAAGAGAGAGGUGACUGAGCCCUCCAGCGAGGUACCGGACAAUAUCAGGCCCAACCAUCUCAUUAAAGAGCUGACCAAGGAAAUCCGCCACCUGGAGGAGGAACCAGUCAGCGGUAGCAAGCCAGUGAAACCUCAGGGAAGUGUGUGUGUAGUAGCAUCUGGAUCAAACGGCUGCCCGGCCACUCGCGCCACACUGGAGAGAUUGUGCCAUGCCCGGCGGGCGAGGAGGGCGGCCCGGAGGCUGAGGGAGCAGCAGCGGCACGCCCCCAAAGUACCCUCCAACCUGGACAUCUUAGAGCGGCACACCAAGGAGGUGCUGAGGAGGCUGGAGGUGGGACCGCUGGAGGAGGAUGCGGCGUUCUGUGCCAAGGUGCGUGGGAAGCUGAAUAAAGUGUCGACGGCAUCAGCCGCCGCUGCUGCAGAGUCUCUGGAGGACAACCACCACCUACGGCUGAUGCUGUUCAACGGAAGAAUCAUCAGAGAUUUGAGGCAGCCAGCGAGCAACCCAGUGAAGACGGAGGCUGAAGGCUCGUCGGGCAGCCCACCAAAGAGUUGUAUGGACGUGAAGUCUGAAGGGACAGAGCACAGCACAGACGGGAAACCCACACUCCUCAGUGGUCUGGAGAGGAUGAAGACUGAACUCAGGGAAGAAGUCUCAGGACACUCCUGUGUGUCAGACACAGAUUCAGACAGUGACUCUCCCACAGAGCAUAAAGCAUCGUCGUCAUCGUCUUCUUCAUCGUCGUCGUCGUCGUCGUCGUCAUCAUCGUCGUCCUCUUCUGAUGAGGACUCAGGGAGUUCCCAGGAGGAAGAGGAGGAUGAGAGGGGCUCAGGGCACACCAUAGAGCUGGACCAGUCUGGCCAGAGACUCAGGCACAAACACAAACCACUCAAACGAGAACGUCCUACCUCACCCAGCACAGAAGAGGCCAUUCAGGGGAUGCUGUCUAUGGCCGGGCUGCUGUGCUCCUCCAAGCCAGAGAAGGUGGCCACCUCCCAGGAGUCCUGGUGGUCCGGCUCCAGCCAGUGCUCGCCACUGGAGCGGAGGGAGGAGACACAGCACCGCCUGCAGGGAGACCAGAGCCCCAUGGACAGUCAGGGCAACAGCAGCGAAGCCUGGGACAAUCAGGGGCUCCCCAGCCCACUCAACGGGAGCCACAGCGGCAGCCCAGAGGCAGAAUACCAGUACUGUGACCCCUCCAUGUCCCCACCACUGCACCCCUCCAAGAGGCACGCACCCAACCCCCCACCCAUCAGCAAUCAGGCCACGAAAGGCAAAAGGCCCAAAAAAGGAAUGGCCACAGCCAAGCAGAGACUGGGGAAGAUUCUGAAACUCAACCGACACAAUCACGUGUUUGUGUAACACUCCAAAUCCCCAAAAGCAAAAUGAUGCGUGGGGAUUUUAUUUUUUGGAAGAAAAUAAGAAAGAAACACUGGUGUAUUUGCUACCAGACACUGUUGUGCUUCAGAAAAGGAGAAAAAACACUCGCACUGCCUGGAGACAACCGAAUUUUGACGCGUAAAAACACACUCACUGUGCAUGCUAAGGAGACAGGGUAUUGGAUUUGAAACAAGCAAGCACACUAAGAACAAAACAGAAAGGAGCGGAGAGGGACAAGCAUGUUGUGAAAUGUUCUGCUGCAGGGAAAGGUGGACCGAGGCUCCUGCGGGCAUUCAGAUGGACCAGAGAGACGUCCGAGGUCUACCUAUCAAAACCACAUGCUUUGCCAGGGAGCAGCUUCUGAUGCCAACAUCUUCUGCAUCAUUUUAGUAUUUUCUCCCCCCCCCCUCUGCACAACCUUCACUUGCUUCAUGGCUUUCUGUGAAAGGAGCAGAUGAAACCGAGCUGUAUUUCUCGAGCAGGGUCUUUUUUUUUUUUCUCCGAGGCGCUGAGGGGGCAAAUGAGGUGCUAGGGAGGAUGCAGUGAACUGAAAUUUCAAAAUGGUGCUUUUUGUUUGUACUUUCCUCAGCUCAAGCUUGUCCCUUCCGGCCUACACCCCCCAGGCCUACACCCCCCCCCCCCCCCCCCCCUUAUCUCAAUCACACCAGCAAUAAUGACUUUGAGGAGAGGAAAGAGUGAGAGGCAGCACUUUGGCGCAUCCUUCUAUUUGGUGCGUUACAGACUUGCACAAUUCAGUGCAAACUGUUCUCUCUAAUGUGCACUAUGUUUGAUAUUGAGAGAACACUCCAUUUCUAAGCAAUGGGGGCUUAAGGCAAGCUGCUCAAAGUGCUGCCUCUCUGAUUUUGUUUAAAAAUAGGAAUUACGAGUAUUUCGCUUGGUCUAAAAAACCGAGGACUCGCAUGAUAUCCUGCUUAAUUUAUUUAUCGUUUUAUCUAUGUUGAUUUUUUUUAAUGUGUUAUUUUUAUCGAUUCUGAAUGAUGUAUUUAUUAAUUGAAAGAGAUAAUGAUUUUAUUAUAUUUCGACCCUAAUGCCUCAGCAAUUCUGAGGGUUUUCUUCUUAAUAGGGUCAUUUCUUUUUUGUCUUUCAACAAACUUUUUGUAAAUGUGGAUGUUUUAGCGUUCAUGUGAUCAUCAUCUGUUGAGUAGCAAUUGACCUACUAAAUCUUUUAUUACCUUCUAUUCUGUCACAUCUCUGUACCCCCGUCCCCCCCAGUUGAAUAGAUGUUGAUUCCGGUCUGUCCUGGUUUCUCCCUGUAGCCACAGGUGUGGGGCUAUGUGCGAAUAGAAACCAUGUUAGGUCGAAAAAUGUCAACUUUCAUUAUAAUUACAUCUGAGCUUUUCAAAUAGUGCCAGUUAUCUUUUAGCAAAAAAAAACAAGUAUUCUGAGCCACUGUGGUCGAUCCAAAGUAGUCGAUGCAUUAAGAAGAAGUGAACGUUUGUGGGACUUCUAUGGGAUGAGUGAAUUGAGUUGUUUUUUUGAAUACCAGUGCUGAUGUUUGAUGUGUGUUUUGCUCGGGGUGCGCAGUUCUUCACUCUCAGGGAAUGAUGCCAUGGACAUAACCUUCGAUUAACCAGCAGCCUCGGCAAGGACGCAGACAGGAUGUUCUCAGCACUCACUUGAGACUUUAAAGAUUCACCUCCUGCUUCAGAGCCGCUGAGGUUUGUUUUUUCAUUGCGCAACAAAAUCCUUUCAUGGUUGUGAUUUAAAGAUAAGCUGUCAGUCUUUGUACUUUUUUUAAGCAAGCUUUUACAACUUCCAUUAACAUGACUUUGGUAUUGUCCUUCACUGCUUCUUAACACAUUUUCAGCUCAGUGUUAUUGGAAAACACUCUUGUUGGGUCUAAGACAUCCAUGCUAACUGUCUGUCUCCCAGAGACUAUGAAAGCUUUGCUCAGGUUGCUUUGUAGAACACAAGACCUACGAGUGACUGAUCAAUCUACCAGCCCUGACGAGGUGUUUCACAUAAUCCUAACACAAAGAACCAACUUUAAGGAAUGAGUGUUAAUCACAUUGCCAGACUGAUCUCAUCUUCUUUUCUUACACUACACUUUAACCUUUGAACUCUUUGCAUGUCAAGUCAUUGAAAACACGAGCUGGCCCGCAGGCAGGGCUUGUAAUAAGCUGUAGUAUUCAUCGUACAGAGUCUUUUUUUGGUUUCGUAUGCAGCUCUCGGCAUUUGUGUAAUGUGCGUUGGUUCUUGCAAUUUUUUUUAAAAAGUUUUAAAUGGCUUAUGAUUUAAAAUAUAAAAACACUGGCUAACUGUGACACUGUUAAUGCGUUGCAUUUUGUUUCUGCAUUUCAAAAAAUUGCGUGUAAAUAAAAACUAAUGAAAUAA